AUGGCCCGCCGCGAAGCUCCGACCGAGAUCCCGCUGCGCUACAACACACUGCGCCAUGCGACUUCACACCGCGAGCGGCUCAACCAACGCUUUGCCUCGGGCUCGUAUUCUACCUUGAACGCGGCCAUGGCGUCGCCUUCUGGUUCUUCGUCGUCGGCUUCCUCGACACCCGCAUCCUCCCCGCCACUCGCUGCCGCCACGCCUGCCACCCGCUCGAUCGAGUCGCAGUGCUAUAUCCAGAGCGGCAUGGCCGACGGCACCCCCGCCGAGAACACCAUCUGCAUUUCCUGCGCCCGCAGUCUGCACGACGUCGACGUCAGCACCUGCCGUCUGGCACAGAACAGCGAGACGCCCUGUGUGAUUUGCGCGUGGAAGCGCGGCGACGCUGCGGCCUUCACCAAGCCGUUCUUGCGUUUCAUCACCGAGAACCCGACCGUCUUCCACGCCGUGGGCUACUUUGAAAAGCAGCUGGCCGACGCUGGCUUCGUCAAACUGUCCGCGCGCGACGACUGGUCCGGCACGAUCCAGCCCGGCGGUAAAUACUAUGUGACGCGCAACGGCAGCGCGCUGAUUGCCUUUACCGUCGGCGGCACCUAUGUGCCUGGCAACGGCGUGGCCAUUGUGGCGGGCCACAUUGACGCGCUGACGGCGCGGCUCAAGCCGGUGAGCAGCAAGCCGACCAAGGUCGGGUACCAGCAGCUGGGCGUGGCGCCGUAUGCGGGCGCGCUCAACGCGACGUGGUGGGACCGCGACCUGGCCAUUGGCGGCCGCGUGGUGGUGCGCGACCCGUCCACGUCCAAGGUCAGCACGCGGCUGGUCAAGCUGGGGUGGCCGAUUGCCAAGAUUGCGACGCUGGCGCCGCAUUUCGGCGUGUCCAUGACGGGCAGCGGCAACAAGGAGACGCAGAUGGUGCCGAUUAUCGGGCUGGAAGACACUGAUGGCGCUGGCGGUGCUGGCGAGGCGAUUGCGGGGGCCAACGCCUUCCUGGCGCAGCAGCCACCCAAGCUGGUCAAGCUGAUUGCGGCCGAGCUGGGCAUUGACGACUACAGCCUGAUCCUGAACUGGGAGCUGGAGCUGUACGACCAUCAGCCGGCGACGGUGCUGGGCGUGGACCGCGACCUGAUCUCGGCGGGCCGCAUCGACGACAAGAUCUGCUCGUGGGCGGCGCUGGUGGCGCUGCUGCGCGCCCAGGACAACGACGACGCGGGCGUGAUCCGCCUGGCCGCCCUCUUUGACGACGAGGAGAUUGGCAGCCUGCUGCGCCAGGGCGCCUGGGGCAACUUCUUGCCGGUUACAAUUGAGCGGGCCGUCGAGUCGCUGGCCACGAACAAGAACGCCGGCAGUGGUGCGGGCGCUGGUGCGGCGGCACUGGGCCCCGGCCUCGUCGCGCGCACCUACGCCGCCUCCUUCAUCGUGUCCGCCGACGUCACCCACGCUGUCCACCCCAACUUUGUCAGCAACUACCUCGACGACCACCAGCCGCAGCUCAACGUCGGCAUCACCGUCGCCUACGACUCCAACGGCCACAUGACCACCGACAGCGUCUCCACGGCCAUCCUCACCCGCGUCGCCGAGCUCAGCGGCAACACGCUCCAGCGCUUCAUGAUCCGCAACGACUCCCGCAGCGGCGGCACCAUUGGCCCCGAGCUGAGCAGCAUGAUCGGCGUGCGCAGCAUCGACGCCGGCAUCCCGCAGCUCAGCAUGCACAGCAUCCGCGCGACAACGGGCGCGCUGGACCCGGGCCUGGGCGUGAAGCUGUUUCAGAGCUUCUUUGAGCUCUACGAGAAGGUGGACGCCGAGUGGCAGGAGUAG